UUAUUCUUUAAUUCUCAAAGCCCUUAUCUAUGAUUCUUUCUUUUACAACUCUCACAAGUAAAACAAAAUACGAAAAAAAAGAAUUCUUCCCAAUUUAUUAAACAAACAUUCAGUUUCCUUAUUCCUUAUUCCAAGAUUCAUGUCACCUCCACAUUUAGUUUCAGUCUACCUCUCGGUGGUCGCUUCCAGAGAGCUCCCUCUCGUCUUCCAACUUCCUGCCCAGAACCUCCCCAGUGCACUUGCUGUCCUCUUGUUUGUUCCAUAUCAGAUUCACCUACACGAUCAUGUUGGGCUCCUUUCCAGCUGUCCCAGAAGUUAAAGGUCUUUGCCACACUUGAGCAUUUCUGCCUUCCCAAAUUCCCCAACACAGCAACACCAAAAUGCACCAGUCCUCCUUACUACUCCGCUCAAAAAUUGCUUGCACCCAUUUUAGGAAAUCUGUAGCAGCAACUGUUAUCCCUCCCCAACCCACCUGAGACCAAAUAGUGGUGGCGCACGGACAUGAAACAAAGAGAUGCAAUGAUUUUUCCAUUGCCUCCCCACACAUGCCUCAUUCAAGAGGACAAGUCACCCUUCUGCUGUGUAACGCAUCCCAGGAGACACCCACUACAGAGCUGCCAGAAGAAGCACUUGACCUUCGGCGGGAGUUUCAGCCUCCACAUAGCAGUCCAGCACAUCCAACCAUCUCCUGAAAGCUCUCCAGUAACUCUGCGGAUUUUCAUGGGCUGGCGGUAGCAGGAGCGCAUUUCCUGAGUGUCGUCCGGGUCUCUAAGCCUCUGAGGAAUGUUAUUAUAUGUUGGCUGAGGUUGAUAAGUGUAUGGCUAGUUUGGAAGAGCUGCAGUACACAGUGAAAGGAAGGGGUAGGAGGAUGAGUUCUGGAGUGGGUCUUAGCCCUAGAAGCACCAGAUCCUAUUCAAGGACUAACCAUAGGUGUAAACAGGAAUCUCUCAGGAUCAGGAAUGCUACUUCUAACAAGUCUCCCCAAGGAAAGCUGCCUAUAAAUGCAGGAGGAGGCAACCACGACGACACACCUGCGUAUCAGGCAAACUUCAGCAGUUCAGCAGCGCCUCGUGAAGUUUUCCCGGUCGUUGGUUCUUCUUCGUCAAUUUGUUGCCUGCGGUUCAAUUGUACCGUCAAAACUAAUUGCUUCCUCCGUCUAGUUGUACAGUCAAAACAGGGACCGAUUGAUAAAUAACAGACUUUUAUCUACGUGUUUAAAUAAUCUGUAUGUCUGAAUUCUAUUGGCCCAGCAAGGCGGAGGUACGGUAC